ACCAUUAUUAUUGUUUUUUGUUUAUUAUUUUUAUCAAAUAAAUAAAAGUGAAGACGAUCCUUUUUUCUAUUUUUUUUCUUAAUUUUCCUUUCUUUUAUAAUUUGCAAUGUGAACAUUGAAUUUUGUUAGGGCUUUACUCCUUUUGGGAUGAACUAAGGAAAUCAGAUAGAACUAAAGAACAAUAUUAAAUGUCUUAAUAUUUCCCAAGUUUGGUGUUUAAUGAGGAACAAUUGUUAAAGCUCAUGUUUUUAUUUUGAAUAAAGUUUAGUUCUCUUUGCGCGUGUCCCGUUCUCUUCUCCAACCGUACAAACUCAAACUCGAAACGCCAUUUGUAUUUGAUCCCAAGUUGACCCUUUUAUUCAAUAUAAUAAUACCCAGUCUUGCCUAAAUGGAGGUUAAGCUAUGGAACGACAAGCGCGAGAGAGAAAUGUAUGAGAAUUUUGCAGAGCUAUAUGCCAUUAUCAAAGCAACAGAGAAGCUUGAGAAGGCUUAUGUGAGGGAUAUUAUUUCAUCAUCUGACUAUGAAACUGAGUGCCAAAAGCUUAUUGCCCAUUUCAAAACCUUAGCUUCUACACUCAAAGACACAGUCCCUAGCAUUGAACGCUUUGCAGAUACAUAUAAAAUGGACUGCCCAGCUGCUAUAAAUCGUCUGGUGACCUCUGGGGUGCCUGCCACUGUGGAGCACAGGGCUGCUGCGGCUGCGUCCGCUACUACCUCGGCUGCCAUUGUGGCUGAAUGCGUGCAGAAUUUUAUUACUGCCAUGGAUUCAUUGAAGCUCAAUAUGGUGGCAGUUGACCAAGUGUAUCCUUUGUUGUCUGACCUCUCAGCAUCACUUAAUAAGCUUGGUAUUUUGCCACCUGAUUUCGAGGGGAAGACAAAGAUGAAGGAAUGGAUUUCAAGGUUGUCAAAGAUGGGUGCAGCAGAUGAGUUAACAGAGCAGCAAGCUAGGCAGCUCCACUUUGACUUGGAAUCUUCAUAUAAUUCAUUUAUGGCCGCUUUGCCUAAUGCUGGUACUUGAAGUGAUCUGGUAUACGGUAUUUUUGUUUAAUGCUGCAAAGUGCAAACUGGUGGAUUCCCAGUGAUGUCUGAGAAGGAUUAUUAAGUUGGUAACAGUGUAUACAUUUUGGGAAUUAUUGGUUUGUUAAGCUCAAGAUGCUAUUAUUUGCUGAUUAUGGAGAAAAUGUUUCUGGUGUCUUUCUAUGAGAAUGAAUUAGUGCUUUGAUUUGGUUUUGUAA